AAAGAAUCUGAGGGCGGAUGGGAGAGGGGAGUGGAAGGACGCGGGCGGGCAGCUGGGAAUGUGGGGGGCAGGUGGAAUUGGGGAGGGCGAAGCCCCCUGUAUUUAGAGCCUGGGCGUAAACUAUCCCGGUGUCUUAACACGUUAGCUCAUCCCAGCUAGCCCACCCUUCGACCUCUUUACAGAGAUACCGAGGCCUAGAGAGGGCCAGAGAUCUGCCCCCAGGACGCGCGGACAGGCACCAUGGCCCGAAGCAGGGUGCUGCUGCUCCUGCUGCUCUUGCCCCCGCAGCUGCAGCUAGGACUGGUGCUUGCGGUGAGAGCCCCGGUGUUUGGCCGAAGUGGUGCCCACAGCCUGAGCCCUGAAGAGAAUGAAUUCGUGGAGGAGGAGCCGGUACUGGUCCUGAGCCCCGAGGAGCCAGGGCGCGGCCCGGCCACCAUCGACUGCCCCCGAGACUGUGCCUGCUCCCAGGAGGGUGUCGUGGACUGUGGUGGCAUCGACCUGCGCGAGUUCCCAGGGGACCUGCCCGAGCACACCAACCACCUGUCUCUGCAGAACAACCAGCUGGAGAAGAUCUACCCCAGGGAGCUCUCCCGGCUGCAUCGGCUGGAGACUCUGAACCUCCAGAACAACCGCCUGACUUCCCGAGGGCUCCCGGAAGAGGCAUUUGAGCAUCUGACCAACCUCAAUUACCUGUACCUGGCCAAUAAUAAGCUGACCUUGGCACCCCGGUUCCUGCCAAAUGCCCUGAUCAGUGUGGACUUCGCUGCCAACUAUCUCACCAAGAUCUAUGGGCUCACCUUUGGCCAGAAGCCAAACUUGAGGUCCGUGUACCUGCACAACAACAAGCUAGCAGACGCCGGGCUGCCGGACAACAUGUUCAAUGGCUCUAGCAACGUUGAGAUCCUCAUCUUGUCCAGCAACUUCCUGCGCCACGUGCCUAAGCACCUGCCACCUGCCCUCUACAAGCUGCACCUCAAGAAUAACAAGCUGGAGAAGAUCCCGCCAGGCGCCUUCAGCGAGCUGAGCAACCUGCGUGAGCUGUACCUGCAGAACAACUACCUGACUGAUGAGGGCCUGGACAAUGAGACCUUCUGGAAGCUCUCCAGCCUGGAGUACCUGGAUCUGUCCAGCAACAACCUGUCGCGGGUCCCAGCGGGGCUACCCCGCAGCCUGGUGCUGCUGCACCUGGAAAAGAACGUCAUUCGGAGCGUGGACGCGGACGUGCUGACCCCCAUCCGCAGCCUCGAGUACCUGCUACUGCACAGCAACCAGCUGCGCGCGCAGGGCAUCCACCCGCGGGCCUUCCAGGGCCUCAAGCGGCUGCACACAGUGCACCUGUACAACAACGCGCUGGAGCGCGUGCCCAGCGGCCUGCCCCGCCGCGUGCGCACCCUCAUGAUCCUGCACAACCAGAUCACGGGCAUCGGCCGCGAUGACUUCGCCACCACCUACUUCCUGGAGGAGCUCAACCUCAGCUACAACCGCAUCACCAGCCCGCAGGUGCACCGCGACGCCUUCCGCAAGCUGCGCCUGCUGCGCUCGCUGGACCUGUCGGGCAACCGGCUGCACACGCUGCCGCCCGGGCUGCCGCGCAACGUGCACGUGCUGAAGAUUAAGCGCAACGAGCUGGUCGCCCUGGCUCGCGGGGCGCUGGCCGGCAUGGCCCAGCUGCGGGAGCUCUACCUCACCGGCAACCGGCUGCGCAGCCGGGCCCUGGGCCCUCGCGCCUGGGCCGACCUGGCUCAUCUGCAGCUGCUAGACAUUGCCGGGAAUCAGCUCACAGACAUCCCCGAGGGGCUCCCCAAGUCGCUCGAGUACCUGUACCUGCAGAACAACAAGAUUAGCACCGUGCCUGCCAAUGCCUUCGACUCCACACCCAACCUCAAAGGGAUCUUUCUCAGGUUUAACAAGCUGGCUGUGGGCUCCGUGGUGGAGAGUGCCUUCCGGAGGCUGAAGCACCUGCAGGUCUUGGACAUAGAAGGCAACUUUGAGUUUGGUGACGUUUCCAAGGACCGGAGCCGGUUGGAGGAGGAAGAGGAGGAGGAGGAGGAAGAGGAGGAAGAGGAAAAGCGAUAGUGACAGAGUGAACGGAUCUGACCAAGCUGAUCUGACGACCAUGGACCGCUGGAGACUUUCUGCAGUACGUGCCUGAGCCCCAGGAGCCCCACUCUGCCAUCCUCACAGACACACUCAGUGCAGCACCUGCCGGGCCCCCCUCCACACACAGGCUGGACCCAGUCUCCCAUCCCUGCCCUUCCUGCAGUGCAUCCAUAACCGAACACGCUUAGACACCACACCACACGCUCACACAGCCAGCUGCACAUUGUCCUCUAAAUGUCCCACUCUCCACCCCAGACCCACCACGAGUCCUGCAGACUCGGGAAGGGUCUGACCAGCCCUGGCACUCACGGGUGCCUGCUCUCUGCCCUGUGGACUCAUAUGUGUACACACACACACACACACACACACAAGUCACAUGCAAACAGCCUCCCUCAGCCUACGCCACCAACAGCUCUUGUCCCAGCCAGAAACGGUCAGAACGGCUUGCUGUCUGCCCACCCAUCUGUCUGUCUGUCCCCUGGAGAAGACACAGAGUUGUCUCUGUACUCUCUGCAGCCAGGUGCCUGAGCCCCCUGGAACUCACAAAAGCUGGCUUUUGUUCCUUUCCCUCC